UUUACUGUAACAGAGUAUUUCAAGUUUUAAUGUGAGAGUACUUUUACUGCAGUGAAAGUACUUUAGAGCCUUCUAUUGUCCAACGUCAGUUUGCGACAGUUGUUGUCGUUGGACGGUAACGUAAAGCGGAGGAGAAGACGUGAACAUGUGGAGCGUUUAGGAGCCCAAAGAAAGCAGGCAGCAGAUGGAGAACUACCAUAAGACUCGCACGAUGGAGCGUCCCUCCGUCUGUCCCUUCUCCGCUCUCCCCCCCGACACGCCGGAGGUCCGAGUGAGAGACGGCAGUAAGAUCCGCCAUCCGCUGCGUUACGCGCUGAGCCGCAUGGAGGCCGGGCCUCGGGGGGAGGCGGAGGGACGGCCGCUCUGCAGACAGAUCGUCCUCAAUGCGAGCGGGGGGGGCGUGUCCAAGGCCAUCACGUGUGCCGAGGUGGUGAAGCGGCGCGUGCCGGGACUCCACCAGAUCACCAGGCUGCAGUUCUGCACCGUGGACGAGGUCUGGGACCCGCUGGAGACCAGCGCUGGCCUGGACAGCCUCACCGUCAGCAGGAACGUCCCCUCCAUCUGGAUCCUGCUCUCCAGAGACGCACUGGACUGCAGCCAGCCCGGGUACCAGGAGCCGGGACGCCACGAUGCCCUAUGGGCCCACAAGGAGGACGGGGGAGGACCAGCUGGACAGAGACCAGGAACCAAGAGGAAGAAGGGAGGAGGAAGAGGACAGGGACCUGGACGUCAGACUGGACGAUCCAGAGAGCCAGCUAAAGGGCAGAGUUGACUUAAUUAGACAGUGGACAUCUAGAGGAUCCUCAUUGGACAUCUAAAGGGCCCUCAUUGGACAUCUAGAGGGCCCUCUGUGGACAUUUAGAGGACACUGUGGACAUUUAGAGGACACUCUGUGGACAUCUAGAGGACACUCUGUGGACAUCUAGAGGACACUCUGUGGACAUCUAGAGGACACUCUGUGGACAUCUAGAGGACACUCUGUGGACAUCUAGACGACACUUUGGGGACAUCUAGAGGACACUCUGUGGACAUUUAGAGGACACUCUGUGGACAUCUAGAGGACACUCUGUGGACAUCUAGAGGACACUCUGUGGACAUUUAGAGGACACUCUGUGGACAUCUAGAGGACACUCUGUGGACAUCUAGAGGACACUCUGUGGACAUAUAGAGGACACACUGUGGACAUCUAGAGGACACUUUGUGGACAUAUAGAGGACACUCUGUGGACAUCUAGAGGACACUCUGUGGACAUCUAGAGGACACUGUGGACAUCUAGAGGACACUUUGUGGACAUAUAGAGGACACUCUGUGGACAUCUAGAGGACACUCUGUGGACAUAUAGAGGACACUUUGGGGACAUUUAGAGGACACUGUGGACAUUUAGAGGACACUCUGUGGACAUUUAGAGGACACUUUGGGGACAUCUAGAGGACACUUUGGGGACAUCUAGAGGACACUCUGUGGACAUCUAGAGGACACUUUGGGGACAUCUAGAGGACACAACAUUUCUUCCCAAAGGACUAGAGGACAGACGACAUUCUCAGUUUUCUGAUGAUGAUUUGUAACGUUUGUAAUUCACUAAAAAGUCUCCACAAAGAUUUAUUAA